AUGCUAAAUGAAAAAAACAAGAAGUAUAUUCAUUCAAAAUUACAUGAAAAAAAUGGAAAAAAUAACAUUUACAUGAAAAAUAUUGUUUAUGGAGAUGAAAAUUUGAGUGAAAUAAAUAAUAUGGAAUACCCAGUAAACACACUUUUGAGAAACAAGGGAUUACCGGAAAAACUUGAGAAACACUUAAACAAUGAGAAAGAAAGAGAGUUGGAAUCUUUAUACGAAGAAAAUAGACAAUUAUUGGUGGAAAUUUCAAAAUUACGUAAAACAAAUCAACUAUUAGUCAAAGAUGUAAAUAAGAAAAACGAGAUUAUAGAUAAUCUUGAUUCUAAUCUAGUAGAAGUUGAAGAAAAAUUGGAAAACGCAAAAAAGAAGAAUUGGAAUAUGUAUAAUGAAAUUUUGAAUAGAGAAAAAAAGAACCAACAACAAGAUUACAAUAAGGAUCAGAGUAUAGAUUCUGAUCAUAUAGAUAACGAAACUUACAAACUUAAGGAAUCCAAAAUUGGAACUUUUAACACAGUAAAUAUAAUAAAACCUAGCUCUAAGAAAGAAUUUAAUAAUAGACCAAAAUCCACAAGUAUUUCUACGUCAACAGAAAAUACCAAGUGGCUACAAGAUAUGAUUUUGCAAUCUUUAAGUGAAAAGCAUGCUGAAAAAAAAGCAUAUGACAACUUAAAAUACGAGGUUGAAAAGCUUCAGAAAGAAAUUUAUUCAAUGCAAACUGACUUGUUAAAAAAUAAUCAGCAGGAUGAAAUCAUUCAAGAGCCAAUUAUUGAUCAGUCUAAUGGGAAAUUGUCCGUUUUUCAUUCAACAAAUUCUUCAAAUAAUAACUCCACCACUAUUAUUGGAACAUCAGUCAGUGGAUUUAAUACUAUCAAUAGUACUUUCCACUCCACUUCUCUCGCACAAGAACUAAAGGAAAUUAAUUGCACCACUAACAAUAGUUCGAUUAAUUCUUUACAAGAGUCUGAAGAUACUCAAGAAAAAUUGGAAAAGGAAAAUGAUCAAGAAAAUUUAGAAUCAAUCCCUCCUAGAAGCGUUCAUAUAUUAAUGGGAAAAACCUUUUCUAGAGAAAAUAAUAUAGACAGAAAGAUUAAUAAAUACAAAAAUGGUUCUAGAUACAAUUCUGAGAAUUUGAAUGGUGAAAAUCUAAUUCAACCAAUGUCUAACCACUAUAACUCUUACAUAAAACAACUUCAAACUCAAGUAAAUCACCAAUAUCAACAACCAAGUAUAACUAACACUAAUAAUAAUAAUUAUUAUUACUCUUCUAAUAUGAAUAAUAACCAUCAAAAUUACCAUAAUCCUCAUUCAAAUAACUAUUUUCAAACAUAUACCAACAAUACCAACCCAUUUUUAAGUAUAUCUGCUAAUGACAAUAACAAUACUAAUGGACAUUUAUACAACUUCCAACAUAACUCCUAUUACAAUUCAGUAAGACGUCCUGUAAACUUUCCUAAGUACGAAAAUAAUAACAUUAAUUCACUUUACAUGGAUAACUUGGCAGAUCGUCCUUCAUUGGCUAACUCUAUAAUCAAUUCAAGUUUAGCCCCUAAACAUUUAAACCAAGGUCAUACAUAUUACCAAUACUCCAAACACAAUGUUCCAGAGUCAAAAUUCAACUUAAUUCCAACUCAAACUUCAACUCCAAUGAAUAUUCCAAGUUCAAACCCAUUUUAUACACAAACUCUAAACCAAAAUAGUUACUCAAAUAUCCCAUUUCCACCAUUUAAAAUCAAAAUUACACAAAGAUUCAGACGAAAUAGAAAUAAUUCAGUUCCUCCUCCCAGACCCCAAAAUGAUUUUUCUUCUGAAAAAAUGGUUACUGAUGAAAAUCAACCAGUACCUGGUCAAAUAGAAUCAUUAAACUCCAACAAUGACGUAGAGAAGGAACUUCCACAAGGGUAUAUUCGCUUUAAAACUUCCAUUUCCUCUCCCUUAAGCCAAGACGAUUUUUUCUCCCCAAUAUCAGCAAACAUAAACAAUAUCUGUCCAUGUGACAAGGCAAUUGAUUCCUGUGCAUUCAUCCAAAAAAAGCCAAUUCAACAUAAUGAAGAUAAAAACAAGACAAGAUCUCUCUCCACAUCUCUCCCUCUCCCAAUUUCUCUAAUCGCAAAAAAUAAUCAGUUCCAGGGAACCUCUGGUCUACUCAAGUUUGCUAAAUACUGA